CCGGGAGGAGGUCCCCUUCUCCGAGGGUGACGGCGUCCGCCUCAUCGGCACCGCCGCCACGCGGCUCUCCCGGGCCAAUGCCAUCGGCAGCCAUCGGAACCCUCCGAAGCCUGUGGGCGUCGUUUAUCUCAAGGUAAGCGAAUGCCGGAGAAUGGUAAAGAUCGAUUCUUUUGUUUACUUAUGAUGAAAUUUAGGAUCAAGAAUUCGAUCCUUGUUGAUUUGUCUCGAGAUUUUUGCUACAACUGGAGUCCAUUGGAUCCACAAGGUCCGAAAGCUCUUCCAAUUCGGGGCUUCUCCGAUCGAUUCUUGCGUCUUGUGGAUCAAGUUGAAAACAGUUGGAUUUCUGGGUCCCUUCUCUUCCUCUCUUCUGUCUAAAGAAAAGCAGCUGUUUACUGUUUCUGAGCACUUUCUUUUCUUUUCUUUUUACUCUUUCGCUUUAUUAUUUUCUCUCUCUAUGCACGGAACCAAGAAAGCCUUUGGCACUCCACUUCUUUACCUUUCUCCGAUAGAAAUCGUCUUUUUAGACCAUUUGCGCGUUGGCGAGCACGAGCAGGAUGGGGAGCGAGGUGGGGACGAGAGGUCGUGGGUCACAUCUCCGCGUGCGGGGGUUGACGGAAGCGAUACAAAGCUGUGAGGCGUUGCAGUGGAUGACGCCGUUGUGAGAUGCUUUGCCCCUUGGCCUCUUCUUUUUUGGUGUCAUUUUCUUGUGGGGGAGAGGAUGAACAGAGGGCUUCUUGUUUUGUUCUUGUUGAUGCGGAUGUGGGCUUUGUUUCUGUCUCGUGUUUCUGUGGACUUUUGGGGGUGGCUUGGUGUCUCAGUGUGGUGUUGUUUGGAAGGGCGGGGUGUCCCCCACAGGACUUGUGUCCUUGCUGUAGGGUCCUCUAGUGCUUCUUUCUUUAUCUCUGUCAGGUUCUGAGAGAAAAGAGAUCUCAUCUUUUCGUGAAAGUAAGACAGAUGAAAGACGAUUCUAUAUAGUUUCUCCGACAAAGACACUUCAAUUGAGAACUGAUUCAAGGAAAGAUCGUGUUGCCUGGAUUGAAGCUUUGGUCUCAGCAAGAAGUAAAUUUUGUCUUGAUGGAAGGAUGCCUUUUAUCCAGAAUGAUAUAUCUAUUUCAACCAAAAAGCUUAGAGAUCGCAUGCAUGUGGAGGGACUAGAUGAGGAACUUAUGAGGGAUUGUGAGCAGAUCAUGCUGUCAGAAUUUUUAGAGUUUCAGAGACAAUUAAAGCUUCAUUACGAAGAACAUUUAAGUUUUCUUAGCACAUUCCAGCAGCAGCUUGAGGAAGUUAAUGCUGAUGAGGUGACCACAGCAAUCCAUGAAGGCCAAUUGCAGUUGCCAAAGCAUAAAUGUCCCUGCUUAGAGCGUGGAAAAUGCAGUGAGUAUAGUACCACAGAAUCAUCUGAUGAUGUGGAAAAGCAAGAGCUAGAUGAAUUGUCAGAUGAGGGCAAGCCUUGCUUCUUUGAUGCGGAGGAGAGUUUCAGUGAUUCCACUGUUGUCUGUCCCUCUAAAAUAAGAGCCUCAGACCAUGCUGCUAAAAGCUGUGGUACUGCAAAUUGCUCAGGAACUGUGGAAAUGAUGGAUCUUGAAAUAGAGCCAAAUGGUCAUAAUACAUUUCCAUAUAUCAAGAGGCGUACAAAAUUGCCUGAUCCUCUUGAGAAAGAAAAAGGCGUCAGCCUUUGGUCGAUGAUCAAAGAUAAUGUUGGAAAAGAUCUCACACGAGUUUGCCUUCCCGUUUACUUUAAUGAACCACUAUCAACACUUCAGAAGUGUUUUGAGGACUUGGAAUACUCUUAUCUGUUGGAUCGAGCAUAUGAGUAUGGGAAAAUGGGGAACAGUCUCAUGAGAAUUCUGAAUGUAGCUGCCUUUGCGGUCUCUGGUUAUGCUUCUUCGGAUGGCCGCCACUGCAAACCAUUCAAUCCUUUGCUAGGGGAGACUUAUGAAGCUGACUUCCCUGAAAAAGGAAUUCGCUUCUUUUCUGAAAAGGUUAGCCACCACCCAAUGCUCAUUGCCUGCCAUUGUGAAGGCAAAGGUUGGAAAUUCUGGGGCGACAGCAAUCUCAGGAGUAAAUUUUGGGGGCAAACUAUUCAGCUAGAUCCUGUUGGUGUCUUGACCCUGAAAUUUGAUGAUGGUGAAAUUUUUCAAUGGAGUAAGGUCACGACGACCAUUUAUAACCUCAUCCUUGGUAAAGUGUACUGUAACCACCAUGGAACAAUGAACAUACUGGGCAACUGGCAAUAUUCAUGUAAACUGAAGUUCAAAGAUCAAUCUUUCCUUGAACGCAACCCACGUCAGGUGCAAGGCUUUAUUGAGGAUGUCAAUAGCACUAAAGUUGCUACUUUGAAGGGAAAAUGGGAUGACAGCAUGUACUACACGAUAGAUGAUGAUAUGUUCAAGACCAAGAGUUGUAUUUCAACACAAAAUGCUACCUUAUUGUGGCAAAGGAGUAAGCCUCCUGCUAAUCCCACUCGGUAUAACUUGUCAUCAUUUGCAAUUAUGCUGAAUGAGCUAACAUCAGAACUCCAGGAGAAACUUCCACCUACGGAUUCAAGACUUCGACCAGACCAGAGGUACUUAGAAAACGGGGAGUAUGAAAAGGCAAAUGCAGAGAAGCAGCGAUUGGAAAGAAGGCAGCGCAUGUCAAGAAAGUUACAGGAGAAUGGAUGGAAACCUAGAUGGUUCAGGAAGGAUAGUGAGAAUGGCUCAUUUUGCUACGUGGGUGGAUAUUGGGAAGCAAGGAAGCAGAAGAAAUGGGAUGAUUGCCCGGAUAUAUUUGGUGAAUUUUCUGAAGGUCAGAAUGUUAUCCCCUAGUAAUUAAAGAAAACCAAGUUAUCAGAUGCCUUGUAGAGCAAUGAGAUCGCUGAUCGUCCACUUAUAUAUAACAUCAACCAAUUAUUCUUUUAUUGUUUUUUUUUUCUUGUGUUAUUCAUGAGAUGGACGUGGUACUUUGCUGAUGAUUUAUAGGUUGUGCAAGCAAUCAAUGGCAAUCUUUAGAAAGCAGUUCUCUCAGUUUUCCUGUAAUUAUUACAAUUUUUUGCCAUUAAUUGUAUUCAGUGUUCUUCAGUCAUAGAUAUGUGAAAGACUUGUUGGUGUUUCUCAUCGAGCUAGAUAGUCAAUUAAAAACUUGUCAAUUUGAUUCUCAAUGGAAUUGUAUAUAAUGUG